UAUUUUAUAUACAACGCGAUAUUGAUUAUUACUCUAUUGGAAACAUUGCUCUGUAUAAGCGAAAUAUCGUUUAUAAAUCGUUGCACAAAUGUUACUCCGUCGUAUUAGAUUAUUGAUACUGUUACAAGAUUGUUGAUGUCAAAAAUACUCUGUGCAAUAUAAUGUAGGGAGCUACUUUGAUCAUCAGAGUAUGUGACAGAACGCGGUACUUAUAUAUAUGUAUAUUAAAUAAUGUUAGCAUGAAAUUCGUUUAGAUAAUUUUUUUACAAUUGUGUAAAUGAAAAAUAUGUAAUUUUAAGUGCACAUUAUCAUCGUGUAUGAAAUUAUGCAAAAGUAUGAUACGAGUGCCACUUUGCAUUGUAUUAACAUUUUUAAUGUUUACGUAGUGGCAAAUAUCCCGAUGUCGAUGAAUAUUACCGUCUAAAAAGUACCUAUACAUUUAUUAUCCAGAGAUGAGACAGACAAAGAUUAUUUAAAAAGACUUUGUUUACUAUUCUGCUCCGACGUUUGUACAGAAUAUUUAAUUGUUAAUCAUUGAGAUACAAUGGAAAUCGAGCAGAACGAAGACGAAAAGUCAGUAGCUACAGAAAAUGAACAUUCGCAAAAUAAAUCUGACGCCUCUUCGCAAACAGAAAAUAUAGAAAAUACAAAGGACAUGCAGCCUGGGGAAUUGAAAGCUACAAACACUGGAAAUGAUGAAUCGGUUUAUUCGCGCCAGACGCGCGAAACUCAAACGGACAUCACGGAUAUGGAGACGGUAGAAAAAUUGAAAAAUCGGUUAGAUACUUUAAUGAAUUCCUUGGCUAUCUUAUCGGCAGAGAAAUCUAAAAUGGAAGCGAAUUUUCAACAGGAUAAGAAGCAACUGAGAAGCGAACGAGACGAAUGUGAGAAAGUAAUUAAAGAUUUGAAGGAAAAGUUGAAGAAAGCGCAAAAUACGAAUUACUCCGAGAUCGAGCAUAUGAAGUGUAAAUUGAUCAUGGAACGUCACGAAAGGGAAAGAGAACAGGCCGAUCAUGGGAAAAUGAUAAAAGAACUUCAGAAAUUGUUGCACGACGAACGGCGAAAUAAAGAACAACUUGAGAUACAAGUAAAAAGUCAGUUCGCUCACAAAACGCAGUGUAAAAUACUUGAAGCUGAAUUGGAAAUAACUAGAAACAAGCUUAAACAGGCGGAAGAAGCAGCUAAAGAGACUCCUCCAAUUUUACUAUCGCUCCAAUCUGAAAUGGCACUGAUGAAGAAACAACAUUUAAAUGCGAUACACGAAGAACAAAAAAGAGCUGCUGCUGCGGAACAACAAGCCAGAGCAUUAGCAAUGACUCACGAGGCAAGAGUAGCUGGCUUAGAAGCAAGAUUGGCUGAACUUUCAGAAAUUGUCGGAGGAUAUGAUAGACUCAGACAGCAAGAUCAACAAGCCAUACAGAAAUUGAAAGAGCAAUUGGUUGGUCUACAAGAUUCUGAAUAUGAUUAUAUUAUGUUAAACAAUGAACCUGAAGAAAUCAUUUCUAAGAUAAAAAGUCUUUACACUAAAUUGUUAGAUUUCGAUAAUAAGAAAAGCGAAUCAGCGCACGUCAAAUCAUUGUUACAUAGUUUAGAUUUAUAUGAUAAACAAGAAAUUAUUGACUAUAAAGAAAAGUACGAGACUCUGUUGCAAGAGUUCGAAGAUUAUAAACAACAAAUGAAAUACAGCAACAUUGGGAAUAUAUCGUAUAACAUUCAGAGUCAAAAUAUUGCGUCGUCGUUGCACGAUAAAAAUCAUAAAGCGCAGUUGCAUCUUUUGAAGGCGCAUAAUAAUAAUUUGGAAGAAAGAAUACGUGUUUUGAACAACGAAAUUGUUACUAAAGAGAGGGAAUUACAACUAAAAUUGGACAGUCAGGAAAAGUCAUCUCAAGAAGAACGCGAGAAACUGAAACAUUUGUUGCUACAGAAAGACAAUGAAUUUCGUAAUAAAAUAUCUACGUUAGAGCAACAAUUACUACGUCAACGAGAACGAUCGAUGGCUCUCAUCGAAGAAAAGGAUAAAGAAAUUUUAGCCUUAAAAACAUCGUUUCACGCGUUAGUACCGAAAAAGGAAAAUAUUGCCGAAUAUAAAUCAAAUACAUCAAAAUAUGGAAACGGGGCAGAACCUAUUACCGACUUGGUAACAGGAUUGUUAACAAGCGACAGCCCUCCAAUAUUGCAUUACAGCCAAGAGUUAGCGAGAAAAGAAGUGCAAGUAUCAGCAUCUAGGAAAAAAGUUUUAGAGCUAGAAGCUACAUUGCGGGAAAAACAAAGAGAAAUCGUACAUAUAAAAGAGAAGCAGAAGGAAGAUUCAAAAACUUUGCAAGCUCAAAUCGAACGACUCGAAGCUUGCAAGUCUCGGGAAGGUGCAAAUCUUGAAUAUUUAAAGAAUGUUUUUAUAAAUUAUUUAACUACGAACGACGUGUCCAGUAAACGUCAUAUGCUGAACGCUAUUUCCACAGUAUUACGUUUUACUCCGGAAGAAUUAAAUAAGGUAAAACAUUAAUUCAUACUAUAUAUAAAAAUGUAUAAAAAAUGAUUAGUAAAUUUAAUAUAUAUCAUGAAAGUUAUUUUUUUAUUAUAUUUUCAAAUAUCUCAAAUAAUAUUUGAACAAUAUGCAUUAUGUGUACUAAUAAUGUGUUCAUAAAUUAAAGUUAAAUAUCUAUUUAUCAAUUUUUAAUCAUACUGGAAUAUAUAUAAUUAUUUUUUGAGAUUCACGUUAAAUUAUUCGUGUACUACAAGAAAUUAUCUCUUGAUACAAUGUAACAAAGAAUGUAAAAUCAUUGCACGACAUUCCUUAUUCCGUGUUUAUAUGACUUUAAGAUAUUUGAAAAAAUAUAAGUUGAAGAACAAUUGUAGAACUCUUGUAGUUUAAACGUAUUUACAUUUUUUAUCAAGAUAUAUAAAUAAACUAUAAUUUGUACUUUGAACAAACGUAUAUUAUUAUUUCAAACCAUCACUAUAUCGUUUCUUUAAUAGUAAGGGUCAUAGUAAUAAAAACAUUGACAGUGAAAUGGAAAACAAUUUAGAGCGAAAUUUAUGCAAUCUCACACGUAUACUUAUAUAUACUUAUCGUAAGUCUAGGAAGAAAUAAAAUAUAAAAUUUACCAUCAAUUUAUAUUACUUGUAAUCUUACAAUUAUAUUAUGUAGCAAAUAUGGACAACCUAGAAGGAGAAAUGAAGCUCUUUGUUGACAUAUGUAAGUAUGUUGUAUUGGAUUGAUGCAAAAGUUCGUCCCGUUUUCUGACCAAAAUUUGAAGAAGAAUUUUAUUUACUAAAUAUUACAUUUCAUCAAUAUAGUAUGUUCCGUUCGAUGAUCUUUCCCCAUUUUUUCGGUAGCUGCAUGAUCCCGCAUUCAUAGAAGUUCUAAGGUUUCUGGUUGAAGAACUGAUCAAGGUGACUUUUGCAGUUUUUCAAGCAAGUAAAGUAUUUGCCAUCUGAACUUUUUUGAUUUGAAUAAAUGGUAAUCGGAGGUCGAGUACGGUGGAUGGACCACAACAUUUCGGCCAAGUUGUAAAAGUUUGUGUCGAGUGACCAAAGACACGUGUGGUUUAGCAUUGUCAACUAAUUUAAGCUAAUAAUUGUUGGCUAAUUCAGGCCGCUUCUGGUCUUAGUUGUGAACAGUAUUUCUCCGAAUUAAUGGUAUGAUUUUUAGAUAACAAUUCAUAAUAAAUCCUUCCAGUCCCGCCAAAUGCAUAGCAUAACCUUCUUCAGAUGUAAACUGGCUUUUGCGCUGUUAAAAGAACGUCACCGCGCUUGGACCAUGAUCUCCUCUUACGCUUAACGUUAUUAUACACAAUCCAUUUUUGAAAGUGGAUUGAUUUCGUUGCGCUUCAAUAGAGACUCUCAAGCAGAAAUUCGGUUGUAUCAAACUUUUCUCUGUUUACUAAUGAGACAUCUAUACAUCAACCCUGUUAACCAUUCCAAAUUGACGUAAUCGCCCUGAUUUGACUGUUGACUGGUUGAUUCCAAGAAUUUCUCCGAUCUCUCGAGCCGGUCGUCCAGAGCGUGGUGCAUCACUAACGAUAAGAUUAAAAUUGUUUUCACAAAACUGUCUGAACCACUGACGACACGUGGAAUCGUCAAUGGCAUUCCCCACCGCACACAGCGCAUAUCUUCUUUUUCGUCUGCGUCGUUUGUGUCUCCUUAUAUUCUGCCACUUAAUAAAACUUAAACCCAACCAAGUAACACAAUUUUUUUUUCUUCACAAGUACUCGCUGAAAUUCUUUCUAUUGGACAUCAAAACUAUGCAUGCACGAAGUAGAUAACACUUCGGUUUUGCGAAGUCCAUCAAGCAUCAAAACUGGACGAACUUUUGCACCUAACCCAAUACAAAGUACAAUGUAGAUUUUAAUACAACGAUCGAUAACUUUGUCAUUAUAUGGUGAAACUUGCGUUGUUAAAGGAAUAAUUUUAAAUGCACAUCGAUAUUUACUGUUUCUAUCACUGUUAGUUUUCAGAUGUGUGCAAUUAUCCUGUAAAAUUAAAAAAAAAAAAAAAAAAAAA